UGUUUAUAUGUCGGUAUGAGUCUACACGUAUUCCAUACAACAUGAACCGCGUACAACAUCAACUUUGUUCAUUCGGCUCAAAUCUCUUUCAUCAGACCAAUUCAGAUAUCAAAGCAAGCAAACGUAUCAAUGAACCUCAAUUGGUUCCAAUCAGUCCGGGCGUUAAAUUUUCGAAAAUAGCUAGCGCUACAGACUGUCAAACGAUUGUAGAAGUGGAAGCGGAGGGCAGUGAGUCUGGAAUUCAAAUUUGGGGAUACGAUCAUACUCAGGAUCGUGUCGCCAUCCGUCCUGGUACCACUACAACUCAGUUGAUCAAUAUCAAACAAUGGAUUGGGGGCGAAGAAGUAUUGGGCUAUCUUGAUACUGAAGGGUGCAUACAUCGGCACAAUGAUUCCCCUCACUCGACAAAAAUCUCGGCUGAAGAUUGUAGACAGUAUCAAGCUGUGGCCAUCAGCGGUACGGGCCUUGUUUUAGCGGCACCGACUUCAGAAGUAAGACUCGCACCACUGCUACCAACAGAUCAGUCAAGCCAAGCCGACACUUAUAGUUGUAAACUAGAGCUUUGGCCCUCCUUCGAUUCACUUCUCGCGGGGCCUUCAAAAUCG